GCUUGAAUCUACGUCGGUGGCCCUCCUUAGGGCCUUUCGGGCCUCAUGCCAUGCGUGCGGUGGAAGAGCUCUUCCGGCUGGACGCCGAUGGGGCGCGGGUGAAGGUCGUUGAGGGCUGCGUGCUGCAGCGUCGCCUGGAGGGGGCAAGGCUUUGGCGCCUGGACGCGCCAGAGGCGGCGCAGCCACUGCCCCUUGCGGCAGAUGCGGUGGGCCUGGAGCGCGGCCAGGUGGCCGUGCUCCACAGCCACGUUGCCAACACCUCCUUCAAAGGUUUGCUGCAGAUUGUGGCGCUGGACGGCGGCUUGGAGGUUGCGCGGUUGCCGCACGGCUUCGGCGGAUUCCCGGAGCUCCGCUGGUCGCCGGCUUCGCCGGCCCUGGCGCUGUGGCGCCGCGAGGCGCUGAAGCUUUGGCGAGGCGGGGAGUUGGAGACGCUCAUGCAGGCGCCCUCGGCGCCGGUGCGAGGUGCCUGCUGGAGCGGCGAGGGCAUGCUGGCGGCCUGGCCCUGUUUCGGCGCGGACCCGGUUCUGCGAAUUUGGGCAAUGACAGACCCGCUGACCAUGGAGCAGCUGCCUCUGGACGGUCAUCCCUGCCACGCCGCCUGGUCAGGGAGCAGCCUGGCAGCGGUGCGGAGCAGUGGCCAGGUGACCAUUUGGUCUGUGGUACACGAGGAGGGGGCCAUUCAGGUGGCGGCGCUGCGCGAGCUGCCGGGCUGCAGUCUGGACGUGCGCAUGGACACCUGGUGUCUCCAGAUGGCGCCGAAAGGCGGCGGCCUGGUGGCCGCGCCGCUGGAACGCCUGCGGGUCUGCGGCGCGGACGAGGGGAAGCUGCGGCUGGCGGCGAAGCUGGGGGAGGAGGAGAAGGCGCUGCCCGCAUCGGUGUUGGCUGCUUGGCCGCCGGCUCGCAUGUGGCGAGAUGAGCUGCGGGAGGUUCAGGUGGAGGGCUCUUUCUGCACGACGCACGGUUGGUCUCCAGAUGGCGCGUGGCUGGUGGUUGUGGCGCACGCCCUGCACGCGGAGAGCUGCGUCAAAGGCAGCCGCACGCAGCUCUGGGGCCAUGGAGUGCUUGAGCUGGACGCGCUCGCGGAUUGCCCCAGCCACGGCUUCAGCUGGACCCCUUCCGGGCGCCUACUCGCUUGCCUGGUGGAUGGCACAACGCGGGUGUGGAACAUCGAGACUGAGGCGCGGGAGGCUGCGGUGCUUGGCACGGCCUUCAACGCCUUUCAGCCGGGUGCAAAGUGGAGGAACUGGCCGCGAGGCGCCUGCUGCGGCCACUUUCUGCCCUUCCGGCGCGUGGCGGUGGUUUUGCGGACCCGGGAGAUGCAGGGCGACGACCAGGAUGGUGACUCGGUGGUUGUCUACGGCCCUCACUACCGUGGCUGCGAGUAUCGGCGGUUGCUGCUGGCACGGUCCAUAGAGGCGGACCUGCCCGCAGAUGGGCAAGCGGCAACCAGGAGCCUCGCCGCCUUCUUGGCCCUUCUGGGCCUGGAGACCGCCUUCGCCUCUGCGGAGU